AUGGCUGACACCGGUCUCCCCCCCAACUGGGAAGUGCGCCACUCCAACUCCAAGGGCCUGCCCUACUACUUCAACGCCGCCGACAAGGUCUCGCGAUGGGAGCCCCCCGCGGGCACCGACAGCGACAAGCUCAAGCACUACAUGGCUAGCCACCACAGCGCCGGCCAGCGACCCGGCGCCGUUCCGGGCGUCCCCGAGGGCAAGAUCCGCGCCGCCCACCUGCUAGUCAAGCACCGCGACAGCAGACGGCCCAGCAGCUGGAGAGAGGCCGACAUUACCCGCUCCAAGGACGAGGCCAUGGACAUCAUCAAGGCCCACGAGGCCAAGAUUCACUCUGGCGCCGUCACGCUCGGCGACCUCGCGCCCACCGAGUCGGACUGCUCGUCAGCGCGCAAGCGCGGCGACCUCGGCUACUUUGGCCGCGGCGAUAUGCAAAAGGAAUUCGAGGACGCGUCGUUUGCGCUCAAGCCCGGCGAGAUGAGCAGCAUCAUCGAGACGGCCAGUGGGCUGCACUUGAUUGAGAGACUCGAGUAA